CCCGCUCGACAAGCAUUUGCCUACUAGUAAUUAUGCCCGUGGCCGGCCGGCUAGCAGCGGUCCGACUCGCACGGUUUGCGCAUGCGAGCAAGUCCCCCGCAUGCCGACCGCAGAUUUCUUCUGACCGAGCUAUCUACACCCCGGGUGAAUACAGGCAAGGCUAAGCGUGACAUGGCUUACCAACCGAUAGUCCAGGGCCAGCAGCCAUAUCUCCCGCAGCAGCAGCCGUAUCCCCCGCAGCAGCAGCAGCCGUAUCCCCCGCCGCAACCGGGACACCCGCCUCAAUAUGGCAGUACAUCCAACACCACGGUGGUUACGGUGCAGCCAACCCCGGCGGGCACGGUUCAUGUCUACGACACUAAGAAAGUCAAUACUAACGGGGCGCUGGUGCUCAGCGUCAUUGUGGCAAUCGUCUGUGGAUUUAUGUCGCCGAUAACGCUUUGCUGCUCCGUGCCUGCUGUGAUCCUCGCCAUAGUGGCUAUGGAUGGACCAAAUCUGGAGGAACGUGCCUCGAAAGUUCGCGUUUCCUUUAUACUGUCCAUUAUUGCUCUGACGUUUGGACUGGUGGUCUCUGUCAUAGUUAUUAUACUUAUUGCUGUCGGGGGAGGGUGAAACAACCCACAGUUUCUCCCUAAGCGUGGAACUGACACUAUAAUAGCUGUGCAUGGUUUUUGAAAUAGUGUGCAUGACAAUUGAUUGGCAAAUGAGUUACACAUGCAAUGUAUGUUGCUCUGAA